UAGACAUCUAAUUCUAGACUGGAGAGCUACAGUACUACUGGCCUGAUCUAAUCUAUAGAUUCUAUUUCUAGAUCUAGAUUUACUAUGAUUUAGAUGAUCUAGAUCAUGAUUGAUACUAGUAGACUAAGACAGCAUUUAUAAUAAACGAGUGGACUAGACCCUAUUUAUAUUAUAUUUAUAAAUACUAGAUCUAGUUCUAGUAUAAUGAUUGAUUCUACAUAAUAAUACUAGAGACUAGAGUCUAAUAUCGGACUAAUAGUAAUAGUGAAUAGUGAAGUCAAGGUUGAAAUUCAAGGAGAUGCCUGUUCGAAGGUUCCACAAAUCUCAUGGUCAAAAUAUUAGACUUCUUCAGAAUAACACUGUUGCAUUAAGAGAAGUUAGUUUUGCACACGCCUUGGUAUUUAGUGAAAAACCUUUACAACCAGGAGAGAUAUUUCUUGUCGAAAUAGAAAAAACAGAACGUGGUUGGAGUGGCCACAUGAGGAUAGGCCUCACAGAGGUAGACCCAGGUAAACAAGAAAAUGGUCUGCCUCAAUAUGCCUUACCUGAUUUGGCACAGCUAGGAAGAUGUUGGGUCUCAGCAGUUACAAAAUCAAGAAAUAGGUUACAAUAUCAAAGUCCUGAAAGAGCUGCAGCUACUAGACAGGCUUCAUAUACAUCUGUGUUAGGCAACAGUGAAGUUAUAAGCACAUCUUGUGGGCGUGUAAGACGUUCUAUGCUUCAGCCGUCUCACGAAUUUCUUGGGACUGCAUUUGUGAAUAAUCUGAAUGGACAUCACUCAGCUGAAAGAGAUGAACCUUCUCUUAAAACUGCAAAAAAACUGAUCCUUGCAACAGAUGUCGGUUCGCGUAUAGGUGUUAUGUAUUGCCCCGAUGAAACUGGUAUUUUUGCUAGAAUGCACUUUAUAAUUAAUGGUGAAGAUCAAGGCCCAAGUGAUGAGCUUAUUCCUCUUAAUGAAGAUUCUGCACCUCUAUAUGCUGUUGUUGAUGUUUAUGGAACUACAAAGCAAAUACGACUCAUUGAACUGUACAAAGUGAGUUCAUUACAAAAUGUUUGUCGGGACCUCAUUUUACAGACGACACCAAGAAGCCAACUUUCAGUCCUUCCAUUACCACAAAAAGUGAUCCAUUUUUUAUGUGAUGGUGAUAACUCCUAGCAUUUUGUUUUAUUUAUUAGAUAUAUCUUGUUCAAAAUCUAUCUAUUGUGUGUUCUAGUUUUAAAAUAUUUCGUUAUUCUUGUUCA